CCAAACAUCGAUACAAAGUGCACACGGCCAAAGGUACUAGGAAGGGGGAGGGAUAGUGAGUCUCUGUGUUUACAUCUUUCCCGGGAAGAUGGAAGUUGUUGUGGGAAAGAUAGAAACGAUGGCCUAGAGGCAAGAACCAGAGGCAACUAGGGGUCGUUUACAAUUGUUGAUCGACGAAAAGUGAAGAUUGGCGUUUGGCAAACCGAUACAAAAGCAUUCCUUUCCCUUGAGGUAAUGGUCAGCAACCGGUUGCGGCCAUACGCCAGGUAAGUGCACCUAUCGAACGAGGGGCUGAACGCAUAAAUAAACCCAUGUUCACUCACCUUACAAGUGUGUGUGCGAUAGUGCCACGAUAGUAGCUCAAACUCCGUGCUGCGAGACGUAACAAAGCUUCCGAAGGCAGCGAAACGUGCGACAAUUGAUGCCUUCCCACUGUGCUUUGUUGUGAUUCGCACCGCAGCAGGCGCGCAGUUAUUUUCCAUUGCUCUUUUUUAGUAAACAAAUCCCAUAUUUUUCGUUCGUAACCGACAAAUCUGAAUGGAAAAGAUUGAAAUCAGUUCCGACACGACCGUCGCAGCUACUCCUAGCGUUCUUCCGGCAAAAAUCGAGCGUGUCCAGCUGUCCCACCUUUCGUACGAUCAAUUUUUCCGGAACUUUAUGCAACCAAACCGUGCCGUUGUGGUGGAAGGAAUUGCAAACGACUGGGAGUGCUUCCGGCGCUGGAUCGACCGGUCGGUGGUGCCACCGAAACUAAACGUACCGUACCUGAAACAAAAGCUAGCGAACGUUCCCGUCCCGGUGGCCGAUUGUGGAAGGCAGCAUUACAAUUCGCACGAGAAGCUUGAGCUACCACUGUACGAUUUCCUUCAGUCAUGGGAGAACGAUGAUACGGAGUCGAACCGCAACCGAUACUACCUCAAAGAUUGGCACCUCCGGAGCGAAUGUCCCGGGUAUGAGUUCUACCGCACACCGUCCCUGUUUGCGUCCGACUGGUUGAACGAAUAUCUCGUCGAGCAAGCGGCUGACGACUACCGGUUCGUGUACAUUGGCCCGAAGGGCACGUGGACGGCAUUCCACGCGGAUGUGUUCGGUUCGUACAGCUGGUCGGUGAACAUAUUUGGCCGCAAGCGCUGGUACUUGCUAUCACCCGGAGAGGAGCAAAAGCUACUGAACAGCCUACACAACCUGCCCUUUAGCGUUACGGAACAGACGCUUCGGGAUGCCGGUGUUACGUUCUUCACGAUCGAGCAAGGAGCGGGUGAGGCGAUAUUCGUACCAACCGGAUGGUACCAUCAGGUGACGAAUGUGGAGGAUGCCAUCUCGGUCAACCAUAAUUGGUUCAAUGGCUGCAACGUGGCGACGAUCUGGAGUAAUCUUCGUGGUGCGCUGGCGGAUGUUCGGCGCGAGAUUGACGAUUGUCGCGAUAUGGACAACUUUGACGAGCACUGUCAGGUGAUGCUGAAGGCCAGCUUCGGGAUGGAUUAUGCCGAUUUCUUGGCCAUCGUACUGUACGUCUGUGAUAAGCGUUUGGCCAGCCUUGGCAAGGAUGUUGGGCAGGUGAAGCAGAUUGAUGGCUACGUACUCGGGAAGCAGCACAUCCGGUUUGAUGUAGUUACGAUACGUGAUUUGCUGCACGAGACAAUAGAAAAGGGAUUUUUAGAUGAUUAUCCUGACCUGCGUAAAGCAGCAGCGAGCUGUUUGAACAAAAUUCUAUCAACAAGUCGAGCGUUGUAAAGCGUUUCUCGCCUGGAAGUUGAAU